GAAUAUGUGAGGUUAUGAUUUUAUGUUAUUUUUGAAAAUUGAAAAUAAAUAUUAAUUAUAACUUAUAAGUUUGAUUCGUUGUAGAGAUCUUAAGAAAAUGUUUUUCAUUGCUCGGACUGUAAAUGGGUUAAUUAGGAAAUUAGAUCAAUCUGUAACAAAUAUUUCAAAACCUCAUUACUCAACAUUCAAUCAGGUUAUAAAUAAUAAUAUUAUAAGUUGUAAUACAUCAAGACAGUAUUCAACUCCAACAGCUGAAAGUGAGUCAGAAAUCAAUUAUGAAGAAAUAGCAAAUGGUGAUAAGGAAAUGGAAUACAAAUUGAAAAUACUAGCUUUAGAAACUGAGGUAAUGCGACAAGAUGGAAAAUCAGUUCCAGAUAAUUCUUUUCUUAGGCCUGAUCAUUGGAGGGAGUUGGUUACUAAAACAUCUCGCUCUGCUCGGCAAAAGUAUUUAGAAUAUCUGUUUAAAAUAGAGAAAAAAAAUGAAAAUAGGAAGGAAAAGUCAGAUGAAAGAAAAAAACAUUAUCAAGAGCAUUUAGCUAGAAGAGAAUGGGAAAAAUCUCAUAAACCUGAAGAGACUUUGGAAGAAUUUGCUUUAAAACAUGGUCUCCAACACAAUAAUAUUUUCCUUAGAUUUUAUGAUACAACUAUAAACCAAAUGUACAAUAACAGGCUCAUUCAAGCAAUGCAAUUUGGUCAAAAAUUAGUUGUAGAUAUAGGAUAUGAUACUGAUAUGAGCAGAAGAGAAAAUUUAAAUUGCGCCAAACAACUUAUGUUGUUGUUUGCUGAGAACAGAGCACAUGACGAUCCGUUUGACAUACAUUUUUGCAAUGCAAAUAAUGAUGGUGAUGUAAUGAAACAACUGCGUAAAUACAUUCCCACCGCAGAUGAGCCAUGGUUUCCAUUAAAUUUACACGAAUGUAGUUAUUUAGAUAUGUUUCCCAAGGAGAAACUAGUGUAUCUAACUCCACAUGUUAGAGAAGAAAUUAAAGAAUAUGAUCAUGAUGCUAUAUAUAUUAUUGGUGGUAUAGUUGAUAAGAUGAACCAAGAUCCAUUGUCUUUAGCCAAAGCCAAAAGGGAGGGUUUAAAAAUGGCAAAACUGCCGUUAGAUCGGCAUCUGUCCUGGGGUGCCGGUUCAGGGAAAAGCCUCACUCUAAACCAAGUGGCAGCGAUUUUACUUGACCAAAAGGUAUCAGGGAAUUGGGAAUACUCCCUAAGACAUGUUCCUAGGAGGAAAUUAUUAACGGAGGAAAAUACUUUAAGAACUAUUGAUAGAGUUUAUGACAGAAGAAGGUUCAAUACAGACAGGGCACGGUCUAAUCCCAAUUUUGGCAAAGUGAAUUUCGACAAAUUGAGUUAUAACAGUAACAGUCCAAAGUCAAGAAGUAAUGAAAACAGAGAAAGAAAUUCGUUUAAUGUUAAAAAUAUUUUUAACGAUUAGAUUGUAUAUUAUUUAAAAUUAAAGAAAAGA